UUGACUUUUCAUUGUAUAUUCCUAUCCUGUUCAUAUUAUUGCUUAAUGCCUCUCUGUAUAUAUAUAUCAUCAGUGGAUAAAUCCCAGAGUCCAGAAUCCAUAAAUGUCCAAGAAUCUCUCCACGUACUCCAUACAUAUCUAACCAUCUUUCAGAACAAAAAACAAGCAUUUGAAGCGACUUGGGUGAGCAAUUUCCUCGACCUACUUUUUCAAGUUACAUUACACAGAGCUCUGAAAGGGAACAACAAUGCCUAGCACUCCUGAAGAUGGGGCUCCCACUAGGCUUGAGCAGGGCAAGUAUGUUGCAAUGGUAGUGUGUUGGCUUCUCGGCAAUGGUUGCCUCUUUUCAUGGAACAGUAUGCUUACAAUUGAAGAUUACUAUGGCACCUUGUUCCCGGUGGAGGGAAAGAUCACAAAAGUCAAAUGUGGUGAUUAUCUUGAAUUUGAGUUGAAGAAAUACCACCCCUCAAGGGUCCUUACUCUUGUAUAUCAACCGUUUGCACUUGGGACACUUGCAAUACUAACAUACGAAGAGGCAAAAAUCAAUACCAGACGUAGAAACCUAUUUGGAUAUACCCUAUUUUUCAUAAGCGCUCUUGCCAUUCUUGUUUUGAAUUUAGCUACAUCUGGAAAAGGAGGAAUUGGGACUUAUAUUGGAAUAUGUAUCAUUAGCGGUGCUUUUGGAGUUGCAGAUGCUCAUGUUCAGGGUGGAAUGGUUGGAGAUCUAUCAUUCAUGCUACCCGAGUUCAUUCAAUCUUUUCUUGCUGGUUUGGCUGCAUCGGGGGCUCUAACCUCUGGCUUGAGAUUGAUUACAAAAGCAGCAUUUGAGAAUUCCAAGGAUGGCCUGCGCAAGGGAGCUAUUUUAUUUUUUGCUAUCUCCGCAUUUUUUGAACUCCUCUGUGUUCUUCUCUAUGCAUUGGUCUUUCCAAAGCUGCCAAUUGUAAAAUACUACCGCUCAAAGGCAGCCUUAGAAGGAUCCAAAACUGUUUCAGCUGACCUUGCCGCUGGUGGCAUUCAUGCAGAACCAGGACAACAAGCUGAGGAAGAAGACUCUAAACACUAUGAGCGACUAAGCACAAAAGAAUUGUUGUUUCAAAACAUAGAUUACGCACUUGAUAUGUUUCUCAUAUACGCACUGACAUUGUCAAUUUUCCCUGGAUUCCUAUCUGAAGAUACUGGAUCACAUAGCUUGGGUUCAUGGUAUGCACUUGUUCUAAUAGCAAUGUAUAAUGUAUGGGAUCUUAUUGGGAGAUACGUACCACUAUUAAAAUGCAUAAAGUUGGAAUCACGAAAAGGACUUAUGAUAGCAAUUGUUUCUCGCAUCUUGCUCAUCCCAGCAUUCUAUUUCACAGCCAAAUAUGGCAGCCAGGGCUGGAUGAUAUUGCUCACAUCAUUCUUGGGGCUAACUAACGGUUACCUCACCGUCUGUGUCCUUACUUCUGCUCCAAAAGGUUAUAAGUUUGAGACAGAUUAAUGCUAUAAACUUAUGGAAUGGCGGUUUUGUAGGGACCGGAGCAAAAUGCACUGGGGAAUAUACUUGUUUUGUUUCUUAUAGGAGGAAUAUUUGCAGGGGUGACUCUCGACUGGUUGUGGCUCAUAGGGAAAGGUUGGUGAGCAUAUUAAUUUUCAAUUAGGUUUUAUCUUUUCCUUUGUCUUUUUUUUUUGGGUCCUCCUUUGGACAGGAAAAACUAUGAUUUCCUUUUUGUAGAAUCUUAAUUCUUGAAUCAACAUAGCUCUUAGGAUUGCUGCUUCUAUUGUCUUCACUUGCAAAACUACGUAAAGUUUGUUCAUAAUCAUUCAUUUAUAGUGUUUCUUUUUGUGUUAAAAA